UCCCUGCGACGCAUAUACAAACACUCAGUCAAGCAUCCACACUCAACCACGCACGCUGCACUAGUAGCCAGCAGAGAACUGACCUAUUCCUUCACACAGAACAGGAAGUUGAAGCGACCUGACAUCAAGAUGGCAACAAAGGGAGUCGGCAUGGCUAACAAAGGUCCCGCCUUCGGCAUGAGCCGGCACGUUCAGGAUAAGAUCGACAGCAAGUACGAUUCUGAGCUGGAGCAGAUCCUGGUGGAGUGGAUCAGCCGCCAGUGUGGCUCCGGUGUGGUAAAGCCAGAGGCCGGAAAAAUGGGCUUCCAGGCCUGGCUGAAGGACGGAUGUGUCCUGAGCGAACUGAUCAACAGUCUGUUCACCGGAGAGAAACCUGUGAAGAAGAUCCAGAGCUCAACCGCGGCCUUCAAACAGAUGGAGCAGAUCUCCCAGUUCCUCAACGCUUCGGAGAAGUAUGGCGUCACCAAGACCGACAUGUUCCAGACCGUGGAUCUUUGGGAAGGUAAGGACCUGGCGGCGGUGCAGAGGACCCUGUCAGCUCUGGGCAGCUUGGCCUUCACUAAGGAUGAAGGCACAUACAACGGAGACCCCAACUGGUUCUUCAAGAAAUCCAUGGAGAACAAGCGGGACUUCAGCGACGACCAGCUGAAGGCGGGCAAAAACGUGAUCGGUCUACAGAUGGGGUCAAAUAAGGGAGCCUCUCAGGAGGGCAUGAGCUAUGGAAGAUCCCGACAGAUCCUUUAAAUAUCACUGAGCCACAGAUACCCAAAAACCUCUUCAGCCCCUUAAUCCCUUCUUAGAGCCCUUAAGCGUCUAACAUCAUCAUAAAACAUCUUCUGCUUUAGAAUUCAGCUACUUUAGCCCCUACUUCCCUGGUCUUGACAACCAGUACAACGUUUAUAGUCUUAAGUGUAGUAAAGUAACCAUGAAACCGACCAAUGCCUUGGAGGUAAAAACAAGAUGACAAUGUGCCAUAACUGACCGCUGAUACUAUAAUAAAUAAAUGUCUGAAUUAUGGCCUUUUACUUCGUAGAUUUUAGUAAUAUUUGUUCUGGAUUCCGACACAAAUAUCAAUCUGUGUUUACGUAAUUUACAGAAGAAUUUUCUUUUCCAAACUACCAUUACAGCCCUACAUUUACAAUAUUGUUCCUUGUUAAUUUUUCCUAUCUAACCACUUCCCACAAUGCUACGCCUGCUGUAUCAGCGCCAAUAUUUUUGUACAUUGUCUUAUUAAAUAAUGACUUUGAAAUACA